AUGCUUGACACAGAGGAUCAGAUCUUGAAUCCAUGGCCUCAGUUUGCAAACAAAUAUAAUUUUCUCCUACUUAUUCCACGAAGAUUCAAGCUGUGUAUGUUGAAGCUGGUCCAACAGCUUCUUCCUCCCUCUUAUUUUCCCAUCCGCCGGCCACCAGAGAAGUGCUCCUCCCUCCGUCGACCCGUGCAGCGCCGUCGGAGAUAUACUCCUCCAGGUAAUCUCAACCGGCGGUACCUUCUUCCUCCGUACCCGGAGCCACCGCCGUCCUUGCCGUCUUUCGCUUCCCUCGAGCUUUCAGGGAAAAAUCCUUCGUCCGUCGACACACAGUUGGUUAUAGCAGGAUUCCAUAUUAAUUAUAAUGCCACGAAAGCCAACGAGAAGAACUCAUUUACAAAAGCCUCAACAUGCCUUCUCUCGCUUGGGUCCAAAAAGGAGAAACAUGAUACCAUAAAAGCAAAUAGAGAAGUGUCAUGUUCUUCUUCUGAAAAUGAAGAUUCUUCUUCAGAAGACGACUUUGAGGGAGUUGUUCAAGCAGAUUUUGUCUUUUUUGACCCAAAGCCUGAUGAUUUCCAUGGAGUAAAGGUCUUGAUGCAGACUUACCUUGAUAAUAAAGAAUGGGAUUUGACCAGUUUUGUUGACUUAAUAUUGCAACAAACUUCAGUGGGAACAGUUGUUAAAAUAGAAGAUGAUGAAGAUGAAUCAGUUUAUGGCUUUGUUUCUGCUUUAAAUUUACAAAGAUAUAAGGAUUGUAAAUGCAUGAUGGAAGUGAAAGAGUUUUUGCUAUCAAAGUGUCAAGAAAAAGAAAUAAAAGAAAAUUUAAAAUCAUUUUUAGGGGAGAAAGCAGCUGAUGUUGGUCUUUUGAUCUCACAACGUGUUGUAAAUCUCCCUCCUCAGCUUCUGCCAUCAUUGUAUGAUGCUCUUUUUAAUGAAAUCUCUUGGGCUACAGAAGAUGAGCCUACACAGGAGCUUAGGAAGUUAUUCUGCUUCAAGUAUUAUUUAUUGAUCAGCAAAAUUUAUAAGCUUAAGAAUGUUGACAAGAAAAAGAAGGGAAGCAGCUCAAGUGAAGAAGCUAUAAUUUACUUGAAGCCAGAAGAUGAAAUAUUUCAUAAUCUAAGUGCAUGGUCCUUCUGCUUUCCCUUGCGCACCCAACAGGUCACCACCAAUGAGCUGAAAGAGUAUCGAUUGAUGGGUUUAGUGAUGGCCGUUAAAGCAACCAGUGUUCCAACUUUUCGACGACAGUUACGUUCAUUAACAGACGAAUGAUAAGUUUUUAGAAAGCGCACAUUUAGCCCUUGCGGAUUUAUUUCUUCAUUUUCUACCUCCAAGUUUCUGUUUAGAAAUUUUGUUUCCCUCAUUUUUUUCUUUAGAAUCAAAUGGACAAUUUUUAUUUGUGCAAUGGAUAUGAGAAAAAAAUAUUGACAAAUUAUGGUA